GUCAAAUCCGUUCUCAGACAAGCAGGUUGACGGAAAAGAGUGGCGCAGAUUGCUCAGAGGUUCAGUUCCUGCGAUUGGACGAACUCAUGCCUGUCAGCCCUCGACGAGAAGAGCUUUUCCAGCGGGUUUGCAGACGUGAGAUGAUUUGAUGGCAAAUGCUCGGUGCAAGUUUUGUUGAGCAUUGAAAUGGUCGAUUGGGCAGGUUUGGCAAGAUGAACACGAUAUGUUGCAGGAACUCCGUUCCUCCGCCCGGGAUUUCAGGAAGUCAAGGGGACGCUUUUCGCCACAUUCUCUAUGCCAAAGUGGGUGGUGGAAGGCUUCAGCACUUUCGGAUUGCAGCGACCAGCUGCUGACAGCUUUGCGCCAGUGGACAGACGCAUUGCCUGCCCACCAAGAAGGCCGUGACGUUCCAGACCUGGUGCCGCCGGCAGUUUGCACAUUUCGCACAUUGCCUGAUGAAGUUGCUGCGCAGCACUUGCUUUGGAGCCACUGCUUGGCAGAUGCUAUGCAGUAUCAUGCAAGCUGCGCAUACACACACCUCUUUGCAAAGCGGGACCUUGACGAGGCUGCUGCUCAUUUGCAAGUUGCGUCAUUGAUGGCAAUGCUGUGCGACGGCUGCAGGGUCGAUGGGCAAGGUUUCAACCCGGUCGCAUUGGACCAGUUGCUUUGGCGUUUUGGAAUUCUGGUUCAUGAAGCGCUGCAGCUCAAACAUACUCCUUGGGAGCAGGAUGCAGAGCGAUACGCUUGGGCAGCUGCCGCAGUGUCGUCCUUUCCCCCGCGAAGUGCCUGGCGAGGAAGUGGACAGCAAUCCAUCCUGUUUGGAAGAUCACAAUGCCAAGCCGUGCUCAGGCCUCCGUCAAAUCCGUUCUCAGACAAGCAGGUUGACGGAAAAGAGUGGCGCAGAUUGCUCAGAGGC